AUGUCUGUCAGUCGGAAUCGCAGAGGCUUCGCUCCACGACCUUUUAAGAAAGAAGAAAAUGAUUUGCGCCAUGUGGAGUCAAAAAAUGACUCAAAUCAGCCUCUGAAUGCUGAGGCUGCCCUAAGCGAGUCAAAUGAAUACAGAUUUCUGCGGGCAAAGGCUAACGAAUUAGCGGAUCGGCGGUACGGUUUUGAGACAUUUGUAGGGCCUGGUGAACGACUUGGUUGGCUUGUAAACAUGCACCCGACAGAUAUACUGGAUGAGUCAAAAAGGCUAGUUAGUGCUGUAGACUUCUACUUCAUACAAGCAGAUGGUAGCCGCUUCAAGGUAACAAGAUCCUACCCCCCGUACUUUUAUGUAUUGGUUCGUGGCGGAGAAGUAGCCGAACGCGACGCUAACACUUAUUUAUUGAGGAGGUUCUCAGGUCGCCUUGCAGGCAUUGAAACUGUGUCCAAAGAGGAUCUUGAUCUUCCAAAUCACUUGGUUGGAAUCAAAGCCACAUACCUAAAAAUGUUGUUUUACAGUGUAGAUGAGUUGGUUCGUGUUCGUCGAGAAUUAUCAGUACGCAUUCGUGCAAAUCGCGAACUGGCUUCUUCAGAAUCCUCCUAUACAGACAUGCUUGCUGAACACUUCAAUAACUUGGAGUCUGGAACUGUUGUCAAUCAGGCUAAUGUCAAGCAAAAUCGUAGUGAUCCUUUCGACAACUUAUUUGACUUAAGAGAGUCUGAUGUGCCUUACUUAACUCGUGUGUGCAUUGAUAUGAAUAUAUUUGCUGGGUGCUGGUAUGCAACUAUUUGCAAUCCUGGCCGACCUCCGGAAAUCAGGCGUCAUGAAGAUACAGUAGCCUGGCCUGAACCUGUAGUUCUAGCUUUUGACAUUGAAACAACUAAAAUGCCACUGAAGUUUCCGGAUGCCGCAAAUGAUCAGAUAAUUAUGAUCUCAUAUAUGUUAGACGGAGCCGGUCAUCUUAUAUGUAACAGAGAAAUACUUUCAGAGGACAUAGAAGAUUUCGACUAUACUCCAAGACCAGAAUUUCCAGGUCAUUUCACUGUGCAUAAUGUACAAAAUGAAUUGCAGUGCAUUACCUUUUUCUUUGAACACAUUCAAAGAGUUCGACCGAAUAUUUUGGUUACCUACAACGGUGAUUUCUUUGACUGGCCCUUUAUCGAAGCACGCGCCGCCGCUUAUGGUAUUUCUAUGUACGAAGAAAUUGCGUUUUCACGCCAGAAAGGUACUGCAGGUCCAGGAAGGGAUGGAACCGCCGGUGAGUACUUAUCGCGACCUGCAGUUCAUAUUGACUGUUUAUGCUGGGUUAAACGUGAUAGUUAUCUUCCAGUUGGAGCUCGUGGUCUAAAAGCUGUCGCUAAGGCAAAGCUGAGAUAUGAUCCCAUUGAAGUCGAUCCAGAAGCAAUGUGCCGCAUGGCUCGUGAGUCGCCGAGAGAAUUAGCAAAUUACUCAGUGUCUGAUGCGGUUGCCACUUAUUAUCUGUACAUGAAGUAUGUCCAUCCAUUUGUGUUUGCACUGUGUACAAUUCUUCCACUGAAUCCUGAUGACGUUCUUCGUAAAGGCUCUGGAACACUCUGCGAAGCACUUUUAAUGGUGCAGGCUUAUGCAGCGAAUGUUAUCUUUCCCCAUAAACAAACAGAUGGUGAUUCUGGAAUCAAUAGCUUGCUGCCAAAUAAUUCUGGAAUCUCAGGGAAAUUUACAGAAGAUGGACGCCUAAUUGAUUCAGAGACUUACGUUGGCGGACAUGUAGAAGCCUUAGAAGCCGGUGUUUUUCGGGCUGAUAUUCCUGUCAGGUUUCGUCUAGUCCCUGCAGCCCUAGAGGCAUUAAGAGCCGAUGUUAGACGCUGUUUGUCUCGAGCUUUGCAGACCGAAAUAGGCGCUGAAGACGAAGAUGCAUUAUUUAGUGUCGUAUUGAAGGAUAACUUUAACAUGAUUUGUGGACAGGUGGAAAGUUCAUUACAACAAUUAUCUUCCACACCAAAUAGGAUCGAAUGUCCAGUUAUAUAUCACUUAGAUGUUGGUGCAAUGUACCCAAAUAUAAUCCUUACUAAUCGACUUCAACCAUCAGCUGUAGACUCUGACUCGGCCACUAAAUGUGCUGAGUGUGAAUUUUAUAAACCGGGAAUAUCGUGUCAACGUUUCAUGCCGUGGACAUGGCGCGCCGAAUUGUGGACAGCUUCUCGAUCUGAAGUGUACCGAAUUCAAGCUCAGCUUACUCAAGAACGUUUUCCUAUAAAGUCAACGGACCCAAGUGGUAAAUUUCCAAAAACCACCAUGAAGGCAUUUCAUGAAUUGUCGAAAGAAGAACAAGCACUUGUAGAGAAAAAGAGACUGACUGACUUUUGUCGACGUGCUUAUAAACGUAUUCACGUAACUAGGACUGAGGAAAGAGUCGCGAUGGUCUGUCAGCGUGAAAAUUCGUUCUAUGUUGAUACAGUCAAGGCUUUUCGUGAUCGCCGAUAUAAAUUUAAGGGAUUGACAAAGACAUGGAAACGUCAUUAUGAUGAUGCAUGUGCCGCUCUCUUGGCUGGUACAGGUGAUUCAAAUGCUGUCAAAGAAGCCAAUGCAAUGCUUGUACUAUAUGACAGUCUUCAGCUAGCGCACAAAUGCAUAUUAAACUCCUUUUAUGGUUAUGUAAUGCGACGUGGUGCACGUUGGUAUUCAAUGGAAAUGGCUGGUAUUGUCUGUCAUACUGGUGCAAAUAUUAUAACUAAGUCAAGAGAAAUUAUCGAACAGAUCGGUCGUGCGUUGGAACUGGAUACUGAUGGUAUAUGGUGUAUCCUUCCUGCAAGUUUUCCGCAAAACAUUGAAUUUACUACUACUGGUUCGAAGCCUUCUCGUUUGUCUAUUUCUUAUCCUGGAGCUGUAUUGAAUAUAAUGGUGCAAGACUUUUUCACAAAUCAUCAAUAUCAUGAGCUGGUUGAUCAGCAAACACUAACUUACAAAGUUCGUUCUGAAAAUUCCAUAUUUUUUGAAGUUGAUGGGCCUUACAAAGCUAUGGUUUUACCUGCAGCUAAAGAAGAGGGGAAACGUCUAAAGAAGCGUUAUGCUGUUUUUAAUUUUGAUGGCAGCUUAGCCGAAUUAAAAGGAUUUGAGAUUAAACGAAACGGCGAAUUACAACUCAUAAAAAUAUUUCAGUCCUCUGUGUUUGAGGCAUUUUUACGUGGUGAUAGUUUGGUUGAAGUUUAUUCAGCAGUGGCUAAUGUUGCUGAUCACUGGUUGGAUGUACUUUAUUCUAAAGGAGCUGAUAUGCCAGAUUCAGAAUUAUUUGAUCUAAUUUCAGAAAAUCGAAGUAUGUCUAGGCGACUGGAAGAUUAUGGAAGUCAAAAGUCAACUUCAUUGAGUACUGCUAGGCGAAUGGCUGAGUUUCUAGGGGAUCAAAUUGUUAAAGAUGCAGGUUUAUCUUGUCGUUACAUUAUAGCACGACAACCGGAAGGUGCACCAGUAACUGAAAGAGCGAUUCCGUUGGCUAUAUUCCAGGCAGAACCUUCAGUAAAACGUCAUUAUCUUCAAAAAUGGCUUAAGGAUUCCAACCUUGAUGAACAUACUGAUUUGCGUGAAAUACUUGACUGGUCAUAUUACAUUGAACGCCUGUCUAGCACAAUACAGAAAAUCAUUACAAUCCCAGCAGCUUUACAACAAGUUCCUAAUCCAGUGCCGAGGGUUACUCACCCUGAUUGGUUACUUCGCAAGUUGGCGGAGAAAACAGAUACAUGCAAACAACGCAGGUUGACGGAAAUGUUCGUUCCCAACAGCCUAGUAAAGGAGCAACCUCUAGAGGGGCAGCUAACACAAUUACCGGAAUUGGAAGAAAUAGGCUCAACUAAAGACGAAAAUGUGAAGUUUAACGGAUCUGUUUUAACUCGUCAUAUGCCCAAUAGGCAACUCAUGUCACCUAGUGGUCCACCAAAGCCGUGGCGUGAGCAGUUAGGUGAACCUCCAAGUUUGGAUGAGGCAAAUACUCCAAAAAAACUUGCUAAGUGGUUGGAGUUUCAUCAAGCCAAGUGGCGUAUACAACAUGAACAGCGUCAAUAUUAUAUCAAACACAAAGACAAAACAAAGUGCAACUCCGACUUUGAAAGUAGCUUGUCAUUGCUACCAAUUUCUAAACGACAAUGCGGUAUGGCCAGGUAUUUAAACCAAACUCGACUCAACCUAUUCACAGCGGUGUGGCAGGUAAUCGAAAUUGUUCCCGAUCCUGGACAGUUGGGUCGUUACACACUGUGGGUUUUAAUCAGUGGACCGGAAUCUGGAAUAGUCCCCACACUACAUGCUAUAAAUUUAAUGGUCUCCCGAACUUUUUAUGUCAAUUUACGUACUGCGAAACCAAAUGAUUCUGGUCCAUUAUAUCGUAAAGUUUCUGGGAUUACAACAAAAAUUAAAGAUUCUACAGGUUCAAGUGGCCGUAUCCUUCCUAGAAAUCACACGGUAUAUCACUUAUAUGAAUAUAAUGUCCCUGAAGAUGUUUAUAUUGAACACGCUUCAGAAAUAGUUACAGAUCUAGCUAGACCCGAUAUUGAAGGUGUGUACGAACUUAGCGUUCCAAGUUUAUUUCGCAUCCUUAUGAAAUUAGGCUGUUUAUGUACAGUUGAUCGAGAUGCUUUCAAAGAAACGAAUCAAUCAGUUUUACAUUCAGACGAUGCAAGUUUCAAUUUGGAUCAACUACGCUUUUGCUCCUUAGCUCAGCAUCCUUAUCUCUCUGGGCAUGUACUACGACGUGUGUUCUUAUUUCAUUAUCAGUUACCUUCAGUAGGACAACAAAUAACAAAGAAGGAUUCACAAAGACAGCUUUACCUCUUGGUUGUACCAUGGACUAAAUGUGGUUAUGUUUGUAUAACUGAUAGUGCUAAAGUUAAUCAACUACCUGAUUUGAGUGCAUUGUAUGAAAGACAACGUGUCAAGUUAUUCCCUCCGUCUGUAAACGAGAUAUUCCCUCCAGGUACGUUAGCUUUUGAGACACGUGUUGAAUCAGAUGCAACCAACUGUCGCCGUGUAGUUCAGCGUUGGAUUGCUAGUCUACGUCAGGGUGCAUCAGAAACACAAUCUAAAGGAGUGAAUGCAAACGGCUCACAGUCAGCUGCACCUGUUGUUAUUUUGCUUCAUUCUUCUGUUUCUUCUUCACAACAAUCUACUUUGAUUGAUUCUAAUGAAGUAAAUUGGCCAUUGAGUGAUGAAAUAACGGGACGUCGUCGUAGUACUCAGUUAACUGCUUUGAAUGGCUUUCCUGUUAUUCCACUUGGAGGCACGAUGGACGAGAAUGAAAGUCAAACCAGCGGUGAUACAGAAGUUGGUAUGGAUGCCUACAGUCUCCUAAAUUGGCAACAGACAGCUGUCAAACGAGGAAUUCUUUUCUUUUUACAGUCUGAAGCACGUUUCGAACGUCAGUUAGAAUUGGCACGUUACUUGCACAUUCCUGUCGGCAAUAUACCAGUCUCUGAAGCUCCAUUAUCAGUCUCACUAAACACUCUGGAAGAUCAGGACGAUCAACCACCGGCCAGCUCCAUAAGUGCUAUUGAAUUGGGCUGUGAUUUAUUUUAUGCUAGGCAUUUGAUGAAGCAUAAUCAUAUCCUUUGGUGUUCACCUUCCGAUCGUCCUGAUUUGGGUGGGAAGGAAACAGACGAUCAGCGUCUGUUACUUGAAAUGGAAGAGUCCGGAGUGGUCGAAGUCAAUCGACCUGGAUGUUAUCCAUAUGUUAGUGUUGAAUUAGAGUUCUCGAAUCUAGCCGUGAAUACUUUGAUCGUUGCCAAUCGUAUUCCUGAACUGGAAGGUGCUACAAUGUUGUCAUUCGAUCGAUUAUCUGUUGCUGAUCGAACACUUGAAGAGCAACUUAACCAGGGUGUAAAUUUAGGUGCUCAUAUUACGAGUUACGAUGAAACAGCUGCUUGCAGUGCAGCCUUUCGUGUUCUUCGUAAUAUGGUUCUUGCUUGGGUUGGCGAUGUAACUGAGUUUCAAAAUCCUUUGGCCGAUGAACAGGUUAUCUAUUUUUAUCAAUGGCUGCGAUCACCUCGUUCACUGUUCUACGACCCAGCUCUACGGCGAACUGUUCAGAAGUUAAUGAAAAAAGUAUUUCUUAAAUUGGUUGAUGAAUUAAGUCAUUUACAUGUGGACAUAAUCUAUGCGAAUUUCAGUCGUUUAAUCAUAUCAACUCAUAGAAUUGAAUUACCGGAAGCGCUGGCCCGUGUAGAUUAUUUCACGCACUUAUUACGUACACGCCCGGGAACACUGUUCACUCAUAUGGAUUUGCAGUAUGUUACCAGUUGGCGUCAAUUAAUGUGGAUGGACUCCGCCAAUUAUGCUGGUGUUAAGGCUUCUGUAGGAAAUCUGGUUAAUGGUAAAGAUAUCGAAUGGGGUGAGUUCUCAGUUGCACAAAAUCCUUCAUCUGAUUCUGAUCCUGACGAUAAGGAGAAUAAUCCAAUCCCACCGAAUACAGCACUACCCGACCCAGAACUUGAUAUGCAAUGGCAUCUGGCACGUUAUCUACCUGAGACGCGUGGUUUAAGAAGUAAAUUCCUAAGUCUUCUAGCAGGGUAUAUACUAGCUGUUUAUACUGAAAUACGCAAUGAACACCGACGUUUACGUAGUGCAACGGGUUCACAAUCAUUGAAUGAAUCAAAUCAACCUCCUGUGCCACGUGGUAAUAAUACUAAUGAAGAUUCCAAUCAUGCAGAGGAAAGUGAAACAACGCCGUACAAGUCAGAUGCAACAGCCUCUCCUCGUGUUCGAGAAUAUCAAGAACGUUUACUUAGAGAUCAUCUAGCCCCGGAACUAUACAACCUAAUCAUGCGAUUACAGCGCAAAGCUGCUUGGGUAGACCCAGAAUCGAUAAAUAGUGGUAAUGGCAAAUCGUAUACUCAAGAUAAAAUACAGCGAAAUAAUGAAAUUGUAACAGUCUACCUAGCAGAGAAGUCAAUUAGUACACGUCUAGAUUUCGAUGGGACUGACAAUAACUCUACUUCAAAUCACAAUUUAAUUUUGCCUCUUUUGCCACCUCAUCAAGCGGUUUACUCACUGAAUUUCACUCCACUACUGGAUUUCAUUAAGUCACUGUGCGAGAUAUUAAGUUUAGAGCCUUCUACAAAGCUACAAAUCGCGGGUACCAGACGUGAUCUCCUUCGCUUGAUUAAUAUAGGAGAAUUUUCCCCUGAAGCUGUAUGGAUUGCACCACACAUGACUCGAAUUUCUCCUUUAGACCAAGAUGUUAAUCAGAAUACAUUUGGAACAACUGCCAUUCGUUCAUUACUCAUUUACCUACCCGAGGUUGCAUGCCCCACAUGUAAUUACACACGAGACAUAGACAUUUGCCGGGAUAUAAAUGUUGUAUGGAUAAUUGAUUCUUCAACCAAUUCAGUUAAUUCCGAAGUUGGAAAAGAAGGUCAUUGGGCUUGGGUUUGUCCACAUUGUCGUACGGUAUAUCCACGUGCUAGAUUAGAAGAAGCACUCGUUCAACAACUUGAACAAAUGUCUCUUCAACACUGUUUGCAGGAUCUUCAAUGUCAUAAAUGCCUUGUCGGUGGUGGAAUACAAGAACAGUUACUCGCAAAUGGUGGUUCAGUUGCUCAGUGUGCUGAUUGCUCAACCAAGCUUAUGCUUACUGUUCCUACUGAGCAUGCAGUUUAUCGUCGUUUAGAUGUUUACCGUAGUAUUGGCAAACAUUUUGGUUUUGAAUACUUGGAGCAGAUCGCCCAUUGGUUGAUUCAAGGCCUACAACGAUAA